GCGCAGCUCGAGCUAACCCCUCCUCGAGCUCUGUCAGCGCAUCAUACUCAAACGCUGAUAUCAUUUAGAAGGUUCCCAUAAGUUUGCGGCAGGAGAACGGCGGCUACUUUGGAUAUAAUAUCUUUUUUGCUUUUUCAGCUGUUACUCCAGUUAAGGACUAUACCGAACAGCUCUGGUGAGAGUUGGCGAUGGAAUUUGAAUGAAAGCAAACGUUUUCUCAUGUUGGACUUACUGAAACAAAGGGAAAACUGAACUGUAGCCAUCGUUACAUUUUUUUUGAAGACGCUAAGAGCUGUGUUCAGUAUGCUGUGGUUAAAUCUGAUGCAGUCGGCUGUCAUUGUUGGAUGUCUUCAUUGCAUCGUAAAAGGUUUUGUGCUGAGUGGAACCCCUCAUCUUCCUGUUGAGAACUACCAUUAUGAGUUAGUGCCCAACCACCUCAACUGGAAUGCAACACUACAGGUUUGCGCCCAGAAAUCUGGAGCUCUGGCCAGGGUCUCCAGUGACAUUGAGAACCGACAGCUGACCAAGUUUCUGCAGUCCCUCAACAUCACUCAGCCUGUCUGGAUUGCAGGGAAAGUCAUGACACAAAUAAAUGAUUUUCAGAUGUCCCCAAUGUCACACUCCUUCAUUCUGCAGUUCUCGGGGCACUCCGACCGGAAGUCGGCUCGCCUGCUGCGCGCCUUCCCCCCUAUGAAUGCAGUGACCGUAUGCUCCCAGGUCCUCUUUGAACUCGGUUGCCAUGGAGUUUCCACUGUGUUCUCUUAUUCCAUAAGCUCAUUCGCUAACGAGUUCCAGCUCCAGGCCCAGGUUCCGCUUCUGGAGAGGGGGGCGGCUAUCCAGUUCACCCUGCUGGUUCACGGCAAUGUGGGCUUAUCGGUGGCGGCGCUCCAGAACGAUGGGGCAUGGCAUUCAGUGUGUGUGAGCUGGAGCUCCGACAAGGGGAACUGGGAAAUCUGGACAGAUGGGCAGCUUGUGGAUCUGGGCCACGGGCUGUACCCUGGUGAGGACAUAGGAGGCGAUGGCGUCUUCAUUGUCGGCCAGGGGCAAGAAGGUGACGGGUAUGGAAAAAGGUUCCGGAGUGGCGAGUCCUUGUGUGGCAGUGUGACGCAGCUGCACGUUUGGGACCGGGCGCUGGACAGCAUCGAAAUCCAAACCAUGGAAAAGGAGUGCUCACCCAUCUCCCCUGGCCUGCUUUAUAAGUGGAGCGCCUCGGCCCUGGAAAUUGAGCCCUCUCUGAAGAAUUACUGGGGGAACUCCCCGUGUCAAGGGAAUAGCAGCCUGCUCGCCAGCCAGCUGUUAGUCCCUCAGUUGGAGACGAGCUGGCAGUAUCAAAACUUCUCUGCGCAGACAGUCCUCUUUCCCAACACAGGGGCUUGUGUGACCAUAGAUCCAAUGAGUGGCGGCUGGGGAUUGGAUAUGUGUCAGAGUCACAAAGUGGGCGUCUGCCAGGUUCUGAAAUCUGGGCUGGACGUCUUUCCAAGGACUGAUUUGUUCUCAAAAGCGAUUGAGGAGAUUUACUUCAACUCCUCGGCGGCCACGGAUCUCUCCAGACUCAGUGACCUCAUCGCCGUGCUCCUUGGGGUCCUGGAGACCGGUCCGGGUGUGGUGAUGCCAAUAGAUGUGCUGCACCUCACUCAGAUGAUCGAGCGCGCUGCCUCCACCCAGAUCUACACUGCCAAUGCCUCACGCGAGGCUGUCGUAUCCUUAGCGACAGACUAUCUGAGGCUUGCGAGUGAGAUGAUCACCCCAGACAUGGCAGCCCAGUGGAUGGACUCCCCUGAGGGUGAAGCUUCCCCCAAGCCAUUCACAAUAAUACAAAGCAUUGACAAGCUGACGUGGGCACUAGCUGAUGUGCUAUGGAAAGAGGGCAAAAGUUUUACUAUUUCAACCAAAAACAUUGAUGUGCACCUGGAGCCGCGCAAGUUAACUCAGAUGAGCUGUAGCUGUGUGUACAAGCCAUCUGCGUUUGGCAGCCAGAGCAGUAAAAGCCAGGAUGAGAUCCUCAUACCCGACACAGAGGUGCAGAGACUCCAUGCUCUCGGCCACAGGGAUGUGAUGUUCAUCCACACCUACUACAGCCACCUCAAAGACCUUGAGACAGACGAGCAGCAGACUCACUCAUCGGAAGAAGUGAAAAGUGGCCAAAGUCCCCAAACAGGUCAUUUGUCUUCUGCGGUUAUCUCCGCCACUGUUCGAGAUGUCUCCAAAUCAGCAAACGUACCGGUGUCUGUCCACUACACCCUGUCCGCCCCAGGCGUGGUGGAGUAUUCACGGCUGGUCACACCCAUGUGCGUGUUCUGGAAUUUCAGCCUGAUGGCCAGUAGCCAGGCCUCCAGCUGGUCCACUGAAGGCUGCCGGGUGACCCAGUCGGAUUCCACUGGCACAGCCUGCUUCUGCAACCACACCACCAACUUUGCAGUCCUCAUGAAUUACUUGGAGGCAACGUGGAGCCCACAGGAGCAGAGUAUUUUGACUAAGCUGACAUUCAUUGGCUCCGGGGCGUCACUCUGUGCACUGAUGGUGACCUUGAUGCUGUUUACUGUGCUGGAUAUUCCCAAGUCUGAUCGGACAUCUAUCCACAAGAAUCUGUUCAUUGCUCUUACCUGUGCACAGGUAGUGCUUCUCUGCAGUGGCUCAGCUAUCAACAACAAGGUGGCCUGCACGCUCGUGGCGGCCCUGCUGCAUCUUUUCUUCAUGGCAGCCUUCAGCUGGAUGCUGGUAGAGGGGCUGCUGCUCUGGAGCAAAGUGGUGACGGUCAACCUGAGCGAGGACCGACACAUGAAAUACUACUACCUCAUUGGCUGGGGUCUACCCGUUGUCAUAGUCACCAUCACGCUGGCGUCGGCCUCAGGGAGGUACGCCGCGGACGGACACUGCUGGCUGAGUGUGCAGAACGGGGUCAUCUGGGGCUUCGCCGGACCCGUCAUCUUCAUCAUCAUGGUGAACAUCAUGGUGUUGGCCCGUGUGGUGGGGAUCACCAUCACCACGGCUAAGAGGAGGUCUCUGAUGAUGGCUGUCAACAGCAGUCCCAUGGAGCAGGCCUACGAGCAGAUCCGGGCGGCCGUGAAAGCGGUGCUGGUGCUUCUGCCAAUCCUGGGUCUGACCUGGCUGUGUGGGGUGCUCGUGCCCUUCUCCAUAGUCAUGGCAUACAUCUUUGUGAUCCUCAACUCUCUGCAGGGUCUCUUCAUCUUCCUGAUCUAUGGGGUCUACAACACAGAGGUCCGCAGCACAGUCAACCGAAUCAAGGAAAGAAGGAAGGCCCUUAACUUCUCUAACUGUGCCAGCUCCCGACCGUCCAGCUCCAUCACCAGCUCUCGGCCUGGCAGCUCCCCAGCCGCCGGGCCCCAGGGCCUGGGCGCGCCCCUCUCCUCCCACUGUGACAGCACCAGCCUGGAGGGGGAGAGCGCCACCUACACCAGCCGGAGUGAGUAGCUUAGCCCCCCCUCCACCCCCCCACCCCCCAGAGGCUUCCCUCUCACCCACUGACAGCCCCCCUAAGAUGAGUGGGAAAGGGGGGAGUGGGUUAUAAGGGAGAUGGGGGAAGACGAGGGGAGAGAAUUUAAGGGGAGACCCACAGCCCAUGUGUUUCAAAAGGUUAAUAGGCAGGAACUCAAAACUUGUUUUGGUCGGGUCCUGUUAACAAUGAUGCAUACAAAUCUUUUAUGUUUAAUUUUACUUUUAAACACGGACGUGAUGCCCUUCUUUUAUGUUAGAGUGAAUGUGUAAUAUGGAACAUGGAGCGUAACUAUGUGUGAAUGAUUUGAACACCAUCACCUCCAAACCUCCUGCUUUAGAUUACAAGAAAACAGAAACAAACUUGAGGCCAUGCCCAGAUCACAGAUGUGUGAUUAUUUUCAGAAAGUUGAUAGUACAUGGAUUGGUUUGUGACGGCGGUGGCUUUUGUGUAUAUUCUGCAUGUGUGUGUGUGUGUGUGUGUGUGUGUGCAUGUCUGCAUGUGUCUGUAUGGUGUGUGUGUGUGUGUUGGAUGCAAAUCUGUCAUGAAUUACGAUCAGAGGCAGGAGUAGCAAUUGGCAGGGAGGGUGAACUCCAACAUGACAAGCCCUCGGUUACAGUCUAACAUUCUCCAGAUCCCACUGAGUGAAUCGUUUCAAUCUUGUUUUCUGACCCUCAUAUUAUUGACUCGCUUCAAAGUGAUGAAGGAAGGGAGAGAGGAGAGAGAGGGAGUGUGUGUCUGAGAUAGAGAGAGCCAGAGAGCCAGAUGGGAGUUUAGGAGGAAGAAAAUGUACAUGAGUGACAGCCACAGCAUGAAACCAGGUGGAACUGGGACAACUCAACCAUAUUCUUCCUCAUUCAUUUAUGGUAUCUGUUGUGUCACUUGUGUCACUCCUCUCUCUAAGACCAAAGCCUUCCUCACCACCCUCUUAGAUGUCGUUCAUUUUCUGUAUGUGGUUUUACUAAAUGUGUGUGUGUGUGUGUGUGUGUGUGUGUGUGUGUGUGUGUGUGUGUGUGUGUGUGUGUGUGUGAACAAUGCCUAAUAUCCUUACAAAGUGAUGAUAUGAGUAUUAACUGCAUCUGUGUGUGUGUGUGUGUUUGAGAGUAUGUUAUUGUGUGUGAUGUUCAUGAGUGUAUGUACACAGAGGAUAUGGAUGUGCUUGUGUAGAUGAGCUUCAUGCAAGUUUAUGCAUGUGUGUUAUACUAACAUUUAGUCUCCUUACAGUUCACUCAUUAACAUCUCAAGCCAAGGGGAAAAAUAACCAGCUUUAAAUGCUUUCUUUUACUUCUGUAUCUCAAUCAGCCAGAGGCUAGUGAAGCGCAGCACAGAAACCGGUUACAGAAAGAAGGAGAGGAGUGAAGAAUGAAAAAAAGAGAAAGGCCGCGUGUGUGACAGAGAGAGAAAAAAACCGCACAGAAAUAUUGAUCGUCAGGGGGUAUUAUCCACCCCAUUACUCAGCCGAUCGCACCUCCUCUCAUCCCCACGCUAACUGCAUGCAAAUGGGGCCGAGGCGGCAGUAACGUGCUGGGGCCCGGGGCAUGAUUGAGCGGAGCGUGGGCCCCGGUGUGUGAGCGUCAGGGCCAGACUGUGCACGUGUGUGUGUUUGUGUGUGUGUGUGUGUGUGUGUGUGUGUGUGUGUGGAGUCGAGCGCUGCUAUAUGCAGAUGCCGUUGCGAGACUCUCCGGCACAAGUGCUGUAACUAAUCAUUCUGACGAGACACGCGCCAUGCCGGUAAUGCCAUGCAAACUCGCGCAAUGAUGGAAUAUUUGUUUUUAAUACCAGGGCGAUUUUUUAAGAACCGUCAACGUCGGUUGGAGGGGAAUGGAAGUGUGUGUGUAUGGGGGUGGAGGGUCCUUAUAAAACAUUGAGGGAUUUGUGAAACUACAUAGAAAGAGAGAGAGAGAGAGAGAGAGAGAGACCCAAGAACCCAGUCAGUGGCAGCAUCUGUAGGUCCAUGUGAGGGCCUGGCAUUGUGGCAAACAGAUGGCUUUCACUUCACAAUAAACAGCUCCACAGCUCCUAACUGAUUGCUGUGUCUGUUAUGUACAAGGUCAAGUCAUUCUUUAAACGCGGCAAGAAAGAGGAGAAAAUGGGGAAAAGACUCAACCGCGGUUAUGGGCGUCUUUGAUCAAUUUUUCCCUUAACUCCUUAGGGAGAGGGCGUCUGCAUUAGCCAAUAGCAACAAAAGAGAUGGCGGUGAUGAACGGAAAGGACAAGUGAUUGUUCAAUCUUUAUUUUGUGCCGUAUUGAUCGGAUCUGUAGGCCUGGAUCUGAAAAAUCUAUUUUACUUUCUAUGAAGCAUAUCGAAUUAGCUAUGUCUCUGCUGAACAUAGAGGUUGAAGGUCAAGUGGCAACUAUGUGUGCUUGAAUUGUCAAGAAGUUUCUGCUCAUUUCUUACCACUGUAUUUUUUGCCCGGCCAUUUUUCUUUUGCUUUUCUUGGACGGAAUGUGGACCUUAUUGUCAUUGUUUAAUUUACCUACGCUCACCUUUUUGUUUCACACUCAGAGGGAAUGUCAGGCUGAAAUACCACCAAUUCUAGCCAUAAUUUUAUAAGGCCUCUCUUGAAAUGUCCUCUUUUUUUGGGGGGUCCUCCCACAAGAUGUCAGAACGCAGCGUGCCGUCCUACACAUCAGGGCUGUACAGUGUACACGUGGCCUCUCGCCUCCAGCCCUGGCCCCGAGUCUCAACACAUGUUCCUCCGCAUGGGAAUGCAAUUAAGAGGUUCGAGUGUCUAAAUAGAAGGGGCUUUGCUGUGUUGCAUGCAAUUGUAGAUUACACCCAGAUCCUCCCCAAACCCAAACCCCCAUCUGAGAGUGUACUGGAGGGGGAAAAGGGGGGGGGGGGGAUCACAGUACAGUGGUAAGGGAGUUGUCACGCAUGUUUACGGUGAUUCAUUGACAUGGCAUAUGAUUCCUGCUCUCCGUAAACACCCAGGAGAGAUUACAGCAUCCGCCUGCCUGGGAUGAUCUGGGAGGCUCUGCACUCCUCACACAUAGCCCCCCCCUCCCAAAAGAAAGUGUGCCUUACCCAAGCCACUGCCUAUACAAAAGCAAUCCUCUGGUACUCCAGCCCAAGUGGUUUUACUUCGAGUGUAGGUUGAUAAUAAAAUGUUGUAAGGUUAGAGAAUGUACAGUCCAUUAUCACCUCAGGCUGUGAAAAGAUGGUUAUAUUUGAUUAUUUGUAGCUAUUGAUUUCUGUCUAGUUUUUUUUGUGUUUGUUUUUGUGUCAUCUUUUCUUUUUUUUUAAGUGUGCUGUCAUUCACUGGACAGGCUAAUGGAAAAGACUUGUGUGUGUGUGUGUGAAUGUGCUCCUGUAUAAUAGUCAUGUCAGUGUUGUUAUUAUUUUGUGUUUUGUGUGUUCAUUCUUGUCCCUCUCCUCACACAUGUAGUAAUAAUGUCAUUGGUUUCUUGUUUUACUGCCCCGGGUGCAGUAAUAUAAUUACCAGUCCUAAAUGAGAAAUAAAAAUGUAUUGAUCAUCAAAUAUAUGCAGUAUAACAUCUUCAGUAUUUUAUAUUGAGACAAAUAAUGUAGUAAUGCAUUUUGCACUGAAAACUUUUGAUACAAUAAAUUCGGUGAACAUUUACUGUACAGAUGAAUUAUGUUCAUAAUUAAAUAACAUCACGAGCCAUAAUUGAUGAAUAUGAUUAUGAAAAAAAGUACGAACUGCAGCAAUAAAUGUAAAUCACAUUUGACUCCAUCCCAGCCCUGUGUUUGUGUGUCUGUGUGUGUGUGUGUCUCUUUAUGUGUGUGUUCAGUGUCUUCAUGAUCAGAUAUGAUUGGCUAAGAACACUACAUCUGGUUGAGCCAAACAAGACCCUUAAGUCAAUACAAAACACAUUCUCCCUCACCUCUCUGUCUGUCUGUCUCUGC